AAUAACUGUACAAUUACACCACAAGUUGACUUUGUUAUGGUUUCCUCCUAGAACUUCUACUUGCAACAAAUCUAUAUCUUUAUUGACUUUAGUGCGCGAAAAUGGACUUUGUUAAUGUUGUGACCCGAGUUUAAAGAUCGUGUGUAAAUCUGUUUUUACGAUAUGAAUGUAUACACAACAUAUAAUUUAAAACCUGUGCUGAUUUUGGAGAUAUACACUAGUAGUUUACUAGGACGUGUGGAUUUGGGUUAUGAGCGAGGAAAAAUACUAGUGUGACAUAGUAAAAGAAUGUGUGUUUGAAUUUAGUAAUGUGUAGACAUCUGUUAUAUUUGAGUCGACCGCGCUGUUUCUCAUUCGUGUGUUGUGUCAUAAUACUCGGGGUUUUAUUCAAUUUAAUUUGUCUUUAUUAUUUGAGUUCUUCUCCUUCACCGUGGAUGAGCGGACAUGGACCCUUUUACGUGGGCUACAGCAAUGAUGUGUGGUCGUGUAAAAAUAUAGAGAGAUCUUCGACCCCGCUACCUCUCACAGCUUUAGUGAGUUUUCCGGGUUCAGGAAAUACCUGGGUUCGCCACAUGGUUCAGCAAGCCACUGGUAUAGCUACUGGUAGUUUGUAUAAUGAUUCGGCCAUUAAAUAUCGAGGCUUUCCAGCAGAGGGUAUCCACGAUAAUACAGUUUCAUUGAUAAAAACUCAUGAAUGGGGAGACAAAGAACGAUCAAAGUACCAGAAGGCUGUCAUUUUGAUUCGAGACCCGUUUGACACCCUUCUGGCUGAAUUCAAUAGACAACGAGCUGGGCAUCUGGGUCAUGCUAAAGAAGUAGAUUAUUCUAAAUAUUGGCACCACUUUGUCUACGACAAUGCAGCAUUAUGGCCCAGACUUUACACUGACUGGUUUCAAUUUAAAGGACCUGUACAUAUCAUCAAUUUCGAAAGUUUAGAAACAAAUCCUUUGUUUGAAAUCCAGCAGCUCUUAAAGUUUCUCAAUCUUCCAGUUACUGACAGUGAUGUCAAAUGUAUGAUGAGAAACAGAAAUGGCCGCUUUAAAAGACGGACAUCAAAAGUAUUAAAAAGGCCACAGAGAUUUACUUUUCACAUGAAAAACUCAAUAAAAACUUAUAAAGACAUGAUUACCAAAGAAUUAGAAACAGUAUUACACAAGUCCAGAUCAAGCUGAUAUUGUGAUAUUUAUAGAAUACAUGUGUAGAUAAGGACACACCAAUUUGAAUUUAUGUUGUACAGGAACAUCUAUUAAAAAAGCUGCCUCCAAUUUC